AUGAACACCACGCCAGAACAUAUCCUUGGCAUCGUAGAUGCUCUUGUUUCAGAUGAGAAUCCAGCGCGCGAUGAAGAUACACUCGAUUUCCAGCGCUGCGCUAGAUUGCACAACUACUUGGUCGCAUAUGCCUACAUGGCCCGCAACGGAACAAAUACGCCUAACCUCGACGCCCUAGCCAGCGGGUCAUGGUUCUUCAACCAGCCGAACGAAAAUAUUGAAGUUAUUCGCGCUCGGCUUGACCCAUCAUUGAACUCAUUCCCUGAUUCAAUCUAUGAUCCGACGCCGGGAUUCUUCUACUGGGUGAGCAGGCUUCGAAUGAAACUCGCCGACGAGUCGUUCCCCCUCGAAGACAACGAUUUCGAGGAUAAAGAACGGGUGGUGGUCAUUUACGACACAUCUCCCUAUCUAGGCUCCCACUGUCUUGGUGUUGUCUACGACCAGCUGAACCAUCGUGCCUCGUUCCCAUUGACAAUUGAGAAUACAGAAAGUAUCGAGCCAGUUGCUGAACAUUGGGAUAUGUGGUUUCCUCUAGAAACGAUCCUCACCCUAUGGAUCCAUAUGCUCCGAAUGGGAAAAAUCACGGCCGAUCCACGGAAUGAGAGAAACUUGUCUAAUGAAGAAGCGACUUCGCGACAUCAAAUUGGAUUGUGGUGUUGGCACCCAUAG